CACAAUAGAUGACCCUCUCCACAGUCGUCGCUAUACGAUGGGAUGCAUCGAGGCAAACAGCAACACAGUCGCUCAAUUCCCCCACAUCUCCAGCAAUGAAUUUGCGUCCGGCUGCGAACAACUCGUCGAGCUCUUCCUAACCGCUCCAGCCAACAACCAGUCCGACUGGCUGUCCGCAGAAGUCAUCCCUCAGGACGGAAGCGUCGGUCUCAGAAUCCAGAAAGAGAUAUUCAUAUCAGAUUCCGCUGCGGGAAGUCCGGAUAGUUCAUCAGACGAUCAAGUAGACGACAUUCCAGAGGAAGAAGAAGACGAAGGCGAACUGCGUCCCACUCACUGCUCCUCCUUUGUCCAAUACGACAUCCUCUUCUCCCCCACCUACUCCCUCCCAACCCUCUACUUCACCCUCGUCUCUCCCAACCCCACCCUCUGCAUCCCAAGCCUAGAAGUCCUCUACACACACCUCAUUCCCCCGUCCUCCAGAUCCCAAACCCUAGCCGUCGGCGUCAUGGGAGGCGUGACCAUUACGGACCACCCCGUCACCAAUAAACCCGUGUACUUUAUCCAUCCCUGUCAAACAGCUGCGGUGCUGAAGGCGAGCGUGAAGCGUGGUAUGAGGGUUUCGCCGGUAGACUAUCUGGUCUUGUGGGUUGGCGCCAUGGGGGCCUGUGUUGGCCUUCAUAUGCCGCUUGGGCUUGCUGGGCAGGAGCCGUUGGGGACUAGGCCGCUCCAGGCCGGAUAUGAGGAGGCUACCUGAGACCCUUUCUCACGCCAAUGUCUUCGACCAGAUGGAGGAACAAGCAAAACUCAUAUACCACCCUCCACUUUGGCAAACUCAACACCGAACCAGGAUGAAAAACUCCAUAUAUCGAAAAACCACAACCGAGCCACCGCCCCACUCAUAAUGCGACGAAACAGAGGCAUCUCGUAACCAGGAAGCUCACCCAAGACCCCAUACGC